AUGAUAAAAUUAUCAAGCUUUAUAUAUUUAUUGGUUUCCUAAAUACUAUGUUUAGAUUAAUGGUAAUGUACAUGUGAAUAGUUAAUGACAGAAUUUGAUUGUAUGACAUAGUAAAAAAAUAGAUUUAGAUUGGGAGAGAUUGAUUAAUCAUCUAUUUGCUUUUGGUAUUAAGAAAAAUGUUAAAAUUUAAUGAAUUAUUUAUCUGAUGUUAGUUGUACUAGUUUAAACAACUAAGAAUGUUCAUUUGUAAGUGAAAGUCUAUUUACAAUAAAUCCAGUUUGUGCUUGGUAUUAUAAAGCAGAUGGUGGAUAAUGUACUAAAUUUACAAGGUGUUAAGAUUAUAAAUACUAAUCUGAACUUAUAGCUGAAGUAGAAUGUUCAAAUCUUGGAUGUAACAGAAUUAAAAAUUAAUGUUCAUUUGAUUAUAGAGGAAGAUAAGAAUAAUAUUGUUCAGAAAUUGGAGAUUAAAAGACUUGUGAUAUCACUUUUUUAAAGGAUAAACUAACAAUAUGUUAAUGGAAUACAAGUACUAAGAAAUGUGGAGGUUUUAAUUUUGAAUAAUGUUCUGAUUUAACAACUGAAUAAAACUGUGAUUUUGCAAAUACUUUUUGUAAAUGGAAAGAUUAAUUAUGUAUAGAAAGAGUAUGUGGAGAUAAAGAAUUAGAAUAUAAAUCAGGCAGUUAAAUUUGUAUAUCAUUUUAUAGUUUGACAAAUAAAAAGUAUAUGUAAUGUGUAGAAAAUAAUAAUGGAGACUGUAUUGAAAGUGAUCCAGAAACAUUACUUCCAUAUCAAUGUAAUUAUUUUAGUAGACUUACUUAUUUAUGGAAUACAACUACAUCUUCUUGUACUCCAUGCUUAUAUGUUGGUUAAAGUGAUAUAAUCAAAGUUGCCAUAAUUAUUUUAUUUGUCAUUUUUUUAUGA